AUGGGGUAUAUGAAAGGUUAUUAUGCAGAAGAUGUUGUUCUAGGCUUCUGCGUAGCAUUCAACGUCGAUGUGAAAAAUUCAAUGACUUUCAGUGGCCCAGUGGAGGACAUGUUUGGCUAUACUGUACAACAGUAUGAAAAUGAAGAAGGAAAAUGGGUACUGAUUGGUUCUCCUUUAGUUGGACAACCAAAGAACAGGACUGGAGAUGUCUACAAGUGUCCAGUUGGGAGAGGUGAAUCACUGCCUUGCAUAAAAUUGGAUCUACCAGUUAACACAUCAAUUCCCAAUGUCACGGAAGUGAAAGAGAACAUGACAUUUGGAUCAACUUUAGUCACCAACCCAAAUGGAGGGUUUCUGGCGUGUGGGCCCUUAUAUGCCUAUAGAUGUGGACACUUACAUUACACAACUGGAAUCUGUUCUGAUGUCAGCCCCACAUUUCAAGUCGUGAAUUCCAUUGCCCCUGUACAAGAAUGCAGCACUCAACUGGACAUAGUCAUAGUUCUUGAUGGUUCCAACAGUAUUUACCCUUGGGAAAGUGUUACAGCUUUUUUAAAUGAUCUUCUGGAAAGAAUGGAUAUUGGUCCUAAACAAACACAGGUUGGAAUUGUACAAUAUGGAGAAAACGUAACCCAUGAGUUCAACCUUAAUAAGUACUCAUCAACAGAAGAAGUACUUAUUGCUGCAAGUAAAAUAAUCCAGAGAGGUGGCCGCCAGACUAUGACAGCCCUUGGAAUAGACACAGCAAGGAAAGAGGCUUUCACAGAAGCCCGGGGUGCACGCAGGGGAGUUAAAAAAGUCAUGGUUAUUGUGACUGAUGGAGAGUCCCAUGACAACCACAGACUGAAUCAGGUCAUCCAAGACUGUGAAGAUGAAAACAUUCAGCGCUUUUCCAUAGCGAUUCUUGGCAGUUAUAACAGAGGGAAUUUAAGCACUGAGAAAUUUGUGGAGGAAAUAAAAUCAAUCGCAAGUGAGCCCACUGAAAAGCAUUUCUUCAACGUGUCUGAUGAAUUGGCUCUAGUCACUAUAGUUGAAGCUCUGGGAGAAAGAAUAUUUGCCCUGGAAGCUACAGCUGAUCAAUCAGCAGCUUCAUUCGAAAUGGAAAUGUCUCAGACUGGCUUCAGUGCUCACUACUCACAGGAUUGGGUUAUGCUUGGAGCAGUAGGAGCCUAUGAUUGGAAUGGGACAGUCGUCAUGCAGAAGGCGAAUCAAAUCAUCAUCCCCCAGAACAUGUCUUUUAAUGUUGAGUCUACCACAAAGAAUGAACCUCUUGCUUCUUACUUAGGUUACAGCGUAAACUCUGCUAUGGUUUCUGGAGAUGUUCUCUAUAUCGCUGGACAGCCCAGGUAUAACCACACCGGCCAGGUCAUUAUCUACAGGAUGGAAGGUGGGGAAGUCAAGAUUCUCCAGACACUCAGUGGAGAACAGAUUGGUUCUUACUUUGGCAGUGUUUUAACAACAAUUGAUAUUGAUAAAGAUUCAAAUACUGAUAUUCUUUUGGUUGGAGCUCCCAUGUACAUGGGAACAGAGAAAGAGGAACAAGGAAAAGUGUAUGUGUACGCCUUGAAUAAGACAAGGUUUGAAUAUCAAAUGAGCCUGGAACCCAUUAAGCAGACUUGCUGUUCAUCUCUGAAACACAAUUCAUGCACAAAGGAAAACAGAAAUGAGCCGUGUGGGGCUCGUUUUGGAACAGCAAUUGCCGUUGUAAAAGAUCUCAAUCUUGAUGGAUUUAAUGACAUCGUGAUAGGAGCUCCGCUGGAAGAUGAUCACGGGGGUGCUGUGUACAUUUAUCAUGGAAGUGGCAAGACUAUCAGGAAACAGUAUGCACAACGUAUUCCAUCAGGUGGGGAUGGCAAGACACUGAAAUUUUUUGGCCAGUCUAUCCACGGAGAAAUGGAUUUAAAUGGUGAUGGUCUAACCGAUGUGACUAUUGGGGGCCUUGGUGGUGCUGCCCUCUUCUGGUCCCGAGAUGUGGCUGUGGUUAAAGUGACCAUGAAUUUUGAACCCAAUAAAGUGAAUAUUGAGAAGAAAAACUGCCGGGUAGAGGGAAAAGAAACAGUGUGCAUAAACACUACAUUGUGUUUUGAUGCAAAAUUAAAGUCCAAAAAAGACAUGACGUAUGAAGCUGAUUUGCAGUACCGUGUCACACUAGAUUCACUAAGACAGAUAUCACGAAGUUUUUUCUCUGGAACUCAAGAAAGAAAGAUUCAAAGAAACAUCACAGUUCGAGACUCAGAAUGCACUAAGCACUCCUUCUACAUGUUGGACAAGCAUGACUUUCGGGACUCGGUGAGGAUAACUUUGGAUUUUAAUCUUACUGAUCCAGAAAAUGGACCCGUUCUUGAUGAUGCUUUACCAAACUCAGUACAUGAAUAUAUACCCUUUGCCAAAGAUUGUGGAAACAAGGAAAAAUGUAUCUCAGACCUUAGCCUACAAGUAUCCACAACAGAAAAGGGUCUGCUGAUUGUCAAGUCCCACAGUGAUAAGUUCAACAUCAGCCUAACCGUCAAAAAUACAAAGGACAGUGCCUAUAACACCAGAACUAUCACACAGUAUUCUCCAAACCUAAUUUUCUCAGGAAUUGAGGCUAUUCAAAAAGACAGUUGUGAAUCUAAUCAUAAUAUCACAUGUAAAGUUGGAUAUCCUUUCCUGAGAAGAAAAGAAGAGAUGGUGACUUUCAAAAUAUUAUUUCAGUUUAACACAUCUUAUCUCAUGGAAAAUGUGAUCAUCCAUUUAAGUGCAACCAGUGACAGUGAAGAACCUCCAGAAACCCUUUCUGACAAUGAGGUCAACAUCUCCAUUCCUGUGAAAUAUGAGGUUGGACUACAGUUUCACAGUUCUGCAAGUGAAUACCAUAUUUCAAUUGCGGCCAAUGAAACAGUUCCUGAAAUUAUUAAUUCUACUGAGGACAUUGGAAAUGAAGUUAAUAUCUCCUACUUGAUUAGAAAAAGUGGACACUUCCCAAUGCCAGAACUUAAGUUGUUAAUUUCAUUCCCCAAUUUGACAUCAGAUGGUUACCCUGUGCUGUACCCAACUGGAUGGUCAUCUUCUGAUAAUGCACACUGUAGACCCAGCAACCUUCAGGAUCCUCUUGGAGUCAACUCUGGGAAGAAAACGGCUAUAUCCAAAUCUGAAGAUCUCAAACGAGGCACAAUUCUGGACUGCAGUACAUGUAAAUUUGCUACCAUCACGUGUAAUUUGAUUCCUUCUGACAUGAGCCAAGUGAAUGUUUCACUUAUAUUAUGGAAACCAACUUUCAUCAAAGCACAUUUUUCCAGCUUAAAUCUUACUGUAAGGGCAGAACUUCAGAGUGAAAAUGCAUCCUUGGUUUUAAGUACUGGCAAUCAAAAGAGAGAGCUUGCCAUUCAAAUAUCCAAAGAUGGGUUACCAGGCAGAGUGCCUUUAUGGGUUAUCCUGUUGAGUGCAUUUGCUGGAUUAUUACUGUUAAUGCUGCUCAUAUUAGCCCUGUGGAAGAUUGGAUUCUUCAAAAGACCACUAAAAAAGAAAAUGGAGAAAUGAAAUAUUUUACAAGAAGAUAAAACACAAACAUUUUUUUCAAUGAUCUAUCCUCAGGUUUGCCUUAAAUAUGUGACAAAAAAUAUGUCACUAAAGACAUGGUCACAUUAUACUCGAUCAGGGAGUAGUCAUUUGGAAAAAUAACAGAUCAAGCAUGAUCCCAAAACAAUAACAUAAAGAUAUAUUUUAUAAAAUGAUGAAGGGUAUUUUUAAAGAAUUACUCAUUUUUGAGUAUUUAAACACAAUUACAGUGUUUUUAGAGGAAGACUAACCUGCUUAAGUAUGUUUAUAUAACAAAUGUAUUUAAGGAAUGCAUCAACAAUUUCUAUGAUCAAUGAAACAUUUACUUUGAAAACAAUAUAAAUUGAACUUUCCCCCUUGAUUCCUGGUCUAUAUCCAUAUUCAAUAUUACAGCAUUCAUAAAUACCAAGAAAGGAAUUGCCUGUAAAAUAAUCACUUCCUCCAAGCCAGACGAGAAAAAUUAACAAUGAUAAAAUCCAUAUACUAUAUGGACUGAAAAUAGGAUUAACUCACCAGGAAUACAUUCAGCAUCUUUGCUUUGGGUUCUGUAUUUGCAGAUUUUUUUUCCCAAGUUCUUUGGAAAUGAUGAAAUUGAGCUGAAAUUCUGUCUAGGAUAGAAAAUCAGGACUCAUUGUUUAAAAACAAGUGCACUGAAUGGAUUCAUGUAAACUUUUAUAGUACACUCUUAAUUUUGAUACUGAGCUCUAAAAUUCAAAAUUCUUUUAUAUUGAAAACACAAUUAAAGUAGUUUUUAUUUGUUGCCACAAAAUAGUAAUUUGUCAUGAAAACUACAUUGCAUGAUGAAUAUGCUGAUUUAGUUUCUGAAUGGAAUGUAACUGCCGAAGUAGAUGCCACUGGAAUGGUAAAAUCAUUUUUACUAAGCAGUUCUGGAAUGGUAGGAGUCCCAGGAUGUAACUCAAAUUAGGAGUUUUCUCAACUUCUUGGUACAUGGUUCCUUUGGACCCCCAGGCUGUGAGAAUGUGUUUAUUUUUAUUUUUUGGAAGAUAAUUAAUUUUCCAAACACAGUUCUUAUUUUUAUAGAAAGACAGUAUUCCAGUUCAGUAUUGCAUUUUACCAAGUCACUGUUUUUGAGUGUGAGCUACCAAUAUGUAAAUACAACCCCAGAAGUCU